CUGCUGACCGAGCUGGCCCGCGGGCUGGUGCGGGGCGCCGACCGCAUGUCCCCGUUCACCAGCAAGCGCGGCCCCCUGACCUACAACAAGGGCCGAGGGGCCAAGAAGCUGGGCGUGCUCACCUCCAGCAGAAAGUUCAUCCUCAUCAAGGAGAUGGUGCCCCAGUUCAUCGUCCCCGACCUGGAGGGCUUCAAGCUCAAGCCCUAUGUCUCAUACCGCGCCCCCGAGGGCUCCGAGCCACCUAUGACGGCCAAGCAGCUCUUCACCGAAGUGGUGGCUCCCCACAUUGAGAAGGACAUGAAGGACGGCACUUUUGACCCGAACAACCUGGAGAAGUAUGGCUUCGAGCCGACGCAGGAGGGCAAGCUCUUCCAGCUCUUCCCCAAGAACUACGUGCGGUAG